CACGUUUGAACGUCCCCAGCCUCACGGGAUUCCUGCCUCAGCUACCACUUGAUGCACCAUAUGCUUCAAUGAUCUAUGUCGCUGAGGUGUCAUACCAGCACACUUCCGUAAAGCCAGGAAUCCGUUUCCAAUGUCGAUAACGCCUUGGUCACAGGAAGCGCAGCAAGGACUUCGAGUACCGAGGCAGUGAUGAUUAUAAUCCUUGAAACUUUUCUGGCUGACCUCGUUAACCGUGGAGUAGCCGUCUGCAAAGACGGCUGCUGCCCAUCACUAAUUCUGCAUAUCACUCGUUCUGGACUCGCUGUGUACAUUUGUCUCUUGUGGAAAUAUCAGGGACUCGCUUUCAAUCUUAAGCGGAACAAGAUACACUACCUAGGCACGAUCAGGAUUGAGAACCAAACAUUGCAUACAACACCAACAAAAGUAUAACAGCGACAGCACAGGUAUCCAACCACCAUGACUUCUGAAGCCAAGAGUAUAGCGCUGCUGGUCACAAUUCGACCCAAGAAGCCGGAAGAUAAACAGAAGAUCCUCGACUCUCUCUCCUCCCUUGCGCCCUUCUUCCGCCGCCCAUCCACACAAUGCACGACACGAAGUCUCAUUACGCCCGCGACCCGCAAAGGCGCCAUCGUGCGCGGAGUCGACACCUCUCCGGCCGACCACUCCGCCCAAAUCGGCCUGAUCGAAAUCUUCACCCACCCAUCGGCCCUGACGGCCGUGCAAUCCUCGCCAGAGUACACAGAGUUUUUCGCCCAGGUUGAGCGUGAAGGUCUCUUCACACGCGAGUUGACCGCAUGGUAUCCCACCGCGGGCUUCGUGGCUCGCAGAGCACAAACAGAGACAGGACCCGCCGGAGUCGUCAUGUUGGCAAAAUUUGUAUGCAAGGACGGCGAAGGGGUUCGAGACAAACUUGUCGAUGUCCUCGGAACCUACUGUUCCUGGGUCGAACAAAACGAACCCACGACCCUAACAUACAGCGUCAUGACGCGGCCGAAGACGGCACCGAACGAAGUUCUUUUGUUUGAACGGUACAAGGAUCUCGCGGCGCUGGCCGCGCACGGCAAAACUACCCAGUUUCGAGCCAUGUCGUAAGUUAAAGUUUUGCCUUCAACCCACCACCAACCCGCUAAAGAUUCAGUCAUUCGGUCUUUCUUUUCAAUAAAAAUAAGCACCCUUUAUUUGUGGAGGUGCAUGUUUCGUCUAUUUCUACCGGCGUCCUUCCUUCCUUCCUUCCGACCAUCCUCAGCAUCGUUGUCUGUUGUUGGUUUUUCCCCCAACUAUUGAAGCAAAGAGAGAUAUGCUGCAUUCCCCCUGCCUGCCUACUGAACCUAACUUGGACUAACCACCACCUUUCCUCACAAUAUAGUAAAGCCACUGGACCUCUUAUGCAAGUCAAAAAGACCGUUUUGACCGAAUGGGAAGAACUGGAAGGAGGUUCAUUUGUGUCCAACACACCAGGCGGAGCAGUAGCGGGCAUUGGUUCCAGUACCAAUGCACAAGCUAAGCUUUGAAGAAGGCAAGGCUCUAAGGAUUAUUAUCAGCCUACUAGUGAACAAUGUCCAGCAAACAGCAAAAAUUUCAAGCACUGUGAAAGGAUUCUUCUCAUGCAACAAAUGUUCUUGACUCAAAGUUUUUCACUGUUUAAUUCGUGUUUCAAUUGUUUCUACAACACCGAGGAGACUUCCUUCUCGCCGACUAUAGCAAGUAAAUAUUUCUCAUCAAAAGGCUCCAAUGCUCGAGCACACAACACUUCCACUUC